UUCUCGACGUUUUGCCGUUCACGUGCGCCCAGAGAGCUUGACGCAUUCCACUCGCGCACAUGCGGAGGAGUGCAACGAGCCAAGCACCACGAAUGUGGCUGAGUGACUGCAGUGAUGACGGCGCCUUCCUCGGCGCCAUUCAACAUGGAUAACCUUACUCCUGCUCUGCCCAUAUAUCCCUCUUGCCUCCUCCCGCCGUGCCUGCGACCCUGGAUACUACUCUACAAUCAAACGCGCUCGCCGUGUGACGAUAUUACUGCAAGCUAAAGUACCCUUGCUUGGCCAACCCGCAGCGCGCGUAUAGCUCCACCUCUCCGCACCACCUCCGCACCCGCACGAUCGGCCGCGACGCGCAACGAAGCCACGGACAUUCUAGCUGCACAUUCGUAGCGCACGCAACUCGCAAACAUGUUCUUCUUCUUCACGUGCGGGACACACACCUUCAACUCGCAGCUCAAGGGCGCCGAGCACAUCACAGUACAAUGCCAGAACUGCGGCAACUUCUCUGGCAGAGUGAUGAAGCGCUGGGAAUGGUUCACAUUCUGCUUCGUCCCGCUCAUCCCGUUCUCGCUCAAGCCCUAUAAGGAGGUUGGCUGCCACAUCUGCAACUUCUGGCAAGACAUCAAGUACCGCCCCGACGUGCAGCAACAGAUGCAGGGCGGCGAAGGACAGCCCGCAGUCAUGAUGCACGGUGGGAACGGUCACGGUGCACCACCGAGCGGCGUGCCGCAAUACAAGUGAAGAGGGGAGGUGUGAAGAUGGGCUGAAGCGUUGAGGAGUGGGAUUAUGAUCCGAUUGGAGAGCGUUGGGGUCGAGGUUGAAUGUGGUGACGACCUCAAGGCUUGCCUCUGAUGGACACAGAAAGCGUUGCCUUUUGCAGGACAGGAGCGCAGGAGUGUUUUGGACGAGUCAUGCUUUGUCAUCUCUCGAGGCGUUUGGGACUGCGAACAGAUACCAUACGGCAUUUCUUUGUGUAUUGAGUCAGUAUUUAUUUUUCGCUACCACGCGCGCCCUUCAUUUAAAC